GCGUGCGCUCCGGUGCGAUUCACCGUCUCCUCGCGAACAUGGCGGCGCCUGGGCUCUCCAGCCGGGCUGGUUCUGCUGGCAACAGCCCCACCGCCACCCCGAGCAGCACCAAACACGCCCCGAACCCCCCCGAGCUGGACUUCAGGUCCGGUACCAGGAUCGAGGAGCUCAACCGACUGAUCGGAGAAUUCAGCAAACACGAGCAACGGGAGUAUGACGAUCAGCGUGCGCUCGAGAUCCACACGGCCAAGGACUUCAUCUUCUCCAUGCUCGGCAUGGUGCAGAAGUUGGACCAGAAGCUUCCAGUUGCCAAUGAGUACCUGCUGUUGUCCGGCGGGGUGAGGGAGGGUGUGGUUGACAUGGAUCUGGACGAAUUGACGGUGUACGCGAGGGGAGCGGAUUACGACAUGGACUUCACGUUGCUGGUUCCCGCGCUCAAACUCCACGACCGAAACCAGCCGGUCACGUUGGACAUGCGUCACUCGGCGCUCUGCCACUCCUGGCUCAGCCUGCGACUGUUUGACGAGGGAACCAUAAACAAGUGGAAGGACUGUUGCACUGUGAUCGACCACGUUAACGGCGCAACCAACUACUUUUUCUCUCCCACGCUGGUGGCCGAUUGGUUCUACGAAUCCAUUAGUUUGGUUUUGGCGGAGAUUCAGAAGAAACCGCAGCGUGGCGUUCCCCGGGUCGAGAAAGUAGAGCGCAACUCGACGGUUAUCUCCAUCAUCUUGGGCGUCGGCGGCAGUCGGAUGCUAUACGACGUGGUACCAGUGGUUUCGUUCAAGGGUUGGCCCGCGGUGGCCCAAAGCUGGCUGAUGGAAAACCAUUUUUGGGAUGGGAAAAUCACAGAGGAGGAAGUGAUAAGUGGGUUUUAUUUGCUGCCCGCAUGCUCUUCUACAGGCCAGAAGGAAAACGAAUGGCGUUUGUCGUUUGCGCGCAGCGAGGUGCAGCUGAAGAAGUGCAUUUCCGCGAGUCUGAUGCAGGCGUACCAAGCUUGCAAAGCUCUGAUUAUUAAGCUGCUGUCCCGACCCAAAGCCAUCAGCCCGUACCACCUGCGCUCGCUAAUGCUUUGGUCCUGCGAUCGCCUGCCGCACACGUACCUGGCACAGGAAGACUAUGCCGCGCACUUCUUGCUAGGUUUGAUCGACGACUUGCAGCAUUGCUUGGUUAAUAAGACCUGCCCGAAUUACUUCAUCCCUCAAUGCAACAUGCUAGAGCACCUCAGCGACGACACGGCUAUGCUACAUGCGCGCAAGUUAUCGUCUGUACGCUCCGACCCAGUGGAGCACUUGCGGAGCGCAAUUGAGCACGCUAAAGCUGCCUCGCGGCUCACACUUGAGCUUCAAUGGCGCGGCGGAAGCUCGAACCUGCCGUCGCCGCUGUCGGACCCCGGAGGCGAUCAGCAACCGGACGACCGGCUCGCGAAGAAACUCCAGCAACUGGUCACGGAGAAUCCUGGAAAGUCCAUCUCCGUCUUCAUCAACCCGGACGACGUCACACGACCUCACUUUCGCAUUGAUGAUAAGUUCUUCUGAAGCCACGCCUACUGAUCUGAUUGGACGUUGACUGCAGAUGACCUCACUUUUGCAUCGGUGACAUCCUCCUGAAGCCAUGCCGACUGUUCUGAUUGAACGUUGACUGCAGAUGACCUCACUUUCGCAUCGGUGACAUUCUUCUGAAGCCACGCCCACUGAUCUAAUUGGAUGUUGACUGCAGAUGACCUCACUUUCGCAUCAGUGACAUUCUCCUCAAGCCAAGCCAACUGAUCUGAUUGAACGUUGACUGCAAAUGGCCUCACUUUCGCAUCGGUGACAUUCUUCUGAAGCCACGCCCACUGCACUGAUCUGAUUGGACGUUGACUGCAGAUGACCUCACUUUCGCAUCGGUGACAUUCUUCUGAAGCCACGCCCACUGAUCUGAUUGGACGUUGACUGCAGAUGACCUCACUUUCGCAUCGGUGACAUUCUUCUGAAGCCACGCCCACUGAUCUGAUUGGACGUUGACUGCAGAUGACUUCACUUUCGCAUCGUGACAUUCUUCUGAAGCCACGCCCACUGAUCAGAUUGGCUGCGGACUGCAGAUAACCACUUUCACAUCGGUACCCAAUUCUUCUGAAGCCACGCCUACUUAUCUGAUUGAACGCUGACUGCAGUUGACGGUGACAAAUUCUUCUGAAGCCACACCCACAAAUCUGAUUGGCUGCUGACUGCAGACCACUUCCGGCAACCUCACCCUCGCAUAGAGAAAUUAAUCUGCCACGCCCUCUGAUCUGAUUGGACGGUGCCUACAGAUGACAUCACACACCUUUGCAUCUGAUAAAUUCUCCUAAAGCCACACCCCUUGAUCUGAUUGGACGGUGACUGCUUUAUGUUAAUGAGUUUCAGAAGCAGAAAGCUGUGUUUUGCACAGUUGUUAAACGCUUCAGACACUAAAUAUGAUGUUAAAAAAAAAGGACAUGUUCCUGUUUCAGUUAAAGAAGUGCUCGCAUAUCUGUUCCUCCCCAUUACAGACACACAGGUUUUAUGGGAAGAGAGAGCGAGCGAGAGAGAGAGAUUUAUGGAAGGAUGUGGGGGGAGGACGGUUUGUGCAUGGUUCAUGUGAAAAACAGGAAACCCAUAACUCCACUCAGAAGUGCAAUUAGACUAAAUGUGUUUAUACGCUUUACUUGUAAGUACACUGUAACAUUAUACUGUACACACACUACUUUAGACACCAUCGUUUUCACAAACACACCGGCUGAACUUUUUCUCUCACAAACUGCACACUUAAGACUCCAGAUAAAAAUGCACAGAAACACACACACUCCCUGUGAUGAUGGAUGUAUGUUUCGUUUAAAGCAAAAUCUCUUUGGGUGAAUCUCAUGAAAACAUUUUACAAGCCCAAAGAUAUCAGCAUUUUUAUUUUUGCAUGAAGAAAAUUAUAUUUAAACGCAUUUUAACCCCCUUUUUUAUUCUUUUUAGAUUCUCAUUACUGUAAAAAAAAUCUUUUUUUUUUUUUGCAUUGCAUUGAGAACUGGUUUCAUGAGAUUCACCUCUUAAAAAACACUGUUUUCUUUUAUAUGCAUAUGCUGCUAAAUAUGAUGGGUGCAUUAAUAUUUUUAGUUUUUGUAAUUUUUUUUUAGUAUUUUGAUCAUGUGUUGUAACUGUGUACAUACUGCUGUAAUAAACUCCGCCCACUUAUUAUCAGCAUCAACCAAUCAUGUGAUGUGCACUCAUUUAGUUAUUCACACAUGCAUAUCUUUACAUGUAACUGGUAGGAGGGACCGAUCAUAACAGACCAAUCAUGAAUCUUGAAGCUCUACAGGGACCAAUCGUAAUGCCUUAUCACUAAAAUCAACCAAUGGGGUGUAAGAGACUAGAAGACUCUUUUCAACCCGACCACUUGUGUUUCUCUUUAUAUCUGAAUCAGGGCAUAUCAGAACAUGUUGAUGUAUUGCAGCUGUCAUCAUUAGACUGAUGUCCACAUGAAUUGUAUGUACAUGUUUAGAUUUCUGCUUUAUGGACACCUCAGCAAAAUAAACAUCUGCUCUGGAUCAGUGUUGCAUUGCAUUUUCAACUUGUGUUUGCUAAAUAAAGCUGUACAGAAAUAUGUGAGAA